CACAGUCAAAAUAAAGCGAAGUUGCUUUUGUGUGUCAAAUCAGAAUCAAUAAAUAAGAAAUAAAAUGCACAUUAACAAGUUAAAAAUUCUAAUGAUUGGACCUUCUAACAGUGGCAAAUCUUCAAUAGCAAACUUCAUAUCAGAGUCUAUGAAUAUUGAAGAAGCUGGACCGCCAAGACCCACACAAGGUGUCAGGAUAGUCGAGUUCGAAUUGUCAAACUUAAAUGUUAAUGGAAAGCCUAAUAACAUUGACAUAGAACUGUGGGACAGCAGUGGUGAUCACAGAUUCGAGUCGUGCUGGCCGGCACUUCGCCUAGGCGUUCAAGGAGUCAUUCUCGUGUGUUCACCCAACACCGCACUCGCAGCAACAAGGGAGCUAGAGCUACUGUACAACUAUUUCGUAUCGCAACCAAAACUGUCUGCUAAACAAUGUGUCGUGUUCUUCAACUGCUCUGAUGACCAAGACGAUGUGGACACUCUCAACUUAUCCCCCACAUUCUCCAAAGUGUCUCAGGUGGCUAUCAACUUAAAGUCGGGAGGUAACCGUCUGAAAAUUGAUUUCUCGAAUUAUGUCUCCUCAAUUUUGCAAUCAAUAAACAAGGAAAGUUGA